AACUGCCAUUGGUUAUGAGUCCGGGUGGAUUCGACGUCUUUUCGCAAUCAAAGAAAAACCAAAAGUAGUAAUUAAAGCAAAGUUUGUGAUUCAUGUGCCCACGAACCAUUCUGCAGAAGUUCAGAUCAGUAUGUACUCUUUUUGGCUCGUCAACCCAACAGGAGCGUGCAGAUUCUGGGAAAGGGGAAGAGAUCCAGCCGCAUUUUAAUUAGUCAACACAGUUGCUAAUCACAAGCAUCCCCCAAGGAAACUAUUAUUAACAUGUUUAUUGUGUCCAGAUUCACCGGAACAUCCACGGUGCCGCUUUGCAAUCCCAUUCUGUCAGUAUACUGACAUGACAGCCACCCAGGGAGGCAGUGACUGUUAACGAUAUGCAAAUCACAGAGAAGGGGCGGAGACUCAUUAUAAUACUGAAUAUUUCACCAAUCACAAUGUACCCCUGAAACCACCAUGUGCAUCAUUCCUUUGUCAAGCCACAGUUAAAUAAUCCACUAUGAUAGACACUCACUGAGCACUUUAUUAGGAGCCCAGUACUAAUAUGGGGUAGGGCCUCCCUUUGCUCUCAAAACAACCUCAGCUUGCAUGAAUUCCACAAGACAUUGAAAGUAUUUUCAGGUUUUGGUCCAUUCUCCCCAAGGUGCUCUACUGGAUUCAGAUCCAGUGACUGGGAAGACCUCUGAAGAUCAGGAGACCAGUCUGAGAUGAUCUUUGCUUUGUGAAAGGGUAACCAAAAGCAGUGGUGAUGAUUGCUACCGGUGGUGUCAUCACAGGCCUCGCAGCCCUGAAGCGGCAGGACUCAGCGCGGUCCCAGCAGCACCUGGCUAUGUCCACGCCGGACCCCACACAAGAGAAGAAGCGAACGAGGCGCAAGCCCCGGACUGACGUGGUUGUAGUCCGCGGAAAGAUCCGGCUGUACUCUCCGUCUGGGUUUUUCCUCAUCCUUGGCGUGCUGAUACUGAUGGUUGGCAUAGCCAUGGCCGUGCUGGGCUACUGGCCACACAAGGAGCACCUGCUGGUGCCGGGUUCGAAGCUGUCUGCCAAUGACACCCAGGUGACCCAAGGUCAUGAAGGCACCGUGUCUCAGUUCUUUGAGCAGCACCUGCACUCAGAGAAGAUGAAGAUGCUGGGUCCCUUCACCAUGGGCAUUGGCAUCUUCAUCUUCAUUUGUGCCAAUGCUAUUCUCCAUGAGAACAGGGACAGGGAGACCAAAGUCAUCCAUAUGAGGGACAUGUACUCCACUGUGAUUGACAUCCACAGCCUGAGGAUGAAGGAACAUAAGUGCAUGAACGGGGCUUACGUCGCCCCCUAUGGGGAGCGUGAGGUGAGGACGUAUGAGAACCAGUGCGCCUCCAAGCUGGCUGCCAACACCCUGCUAACUUUCUCGGGGAUGGGGAAUGACGUGCGGAUGUCGCGGAGGACCAGCUCCGCCGAGGAGGAGGAGAGUCUGCUGAACGAGGCCAAGGGAGCCUCGAGCUUCCUGCAGCCCAGAUACCAGGAGCGCUCGGGCUCCAUCUUUGGGCUGCAGCCAGAGGGCGGCCGUUACCGAGACGACAGGAGCAGCACCCUGAAGAAAUGCCAGACGAAAUCCAUCGUGUCGUCCUCCAUCAGCGCAUUCACUCUCCCCGUGAUAAAGCUCAACAACUGCGUCAUCGACGAGCCCGACAUCGACAACAUUUCUGAGGACUCCGAGCUCCGAAGGGUCCGGUCCAGACCUCCUUCGAUGGAGUCUCUAGCGGUUCCCUGCCUAGACAUAGCCAAAGCGUUCAUACCCCCUAGCAUGGUGCUCCUCAGGAGCUGCUCCAUCGAGUCACCCUCCUCCGCAUCUUCACAGACUUCUCUGUCGCCGGGGUCCACCAGCGGCCGGUACCUGUCUCCAGGGGCCGCACGGAAGGAUUUCGGGUCCAACAACUCCCUCCACAUGCUCUCCGCCCACUCCAAGUCCCUAGACCUGGAGAGGGGGCCUAAGACCCUCACGGUUCAGCCCGAGCAGAGGAAGCACCCCAGCUGGCCACGACUGGAUCGCAGCAACAGCAAGGGGUACAUGAAGCUGGAGAACAAGGAGGAUCCCAUUGACAGACUGCUGGUGCCCCAGGUCUCCAACAAGCAGGACUACACCAAGAAAGAGAAACUGCUCAUGAUUUCCAGGUCCCACAACAACCUCAGUUUUGAGCAUGACGAGUUCAUGAGCAACACUUUGAAGAGGGGCGCCUCAGAAACUAGGUUCUAAAAGCAUCUCUCCAGAUGAAUGGUUAAUAAGUCUUACAGUGGUGUUCUCAUGAAGAAUGUUGUGAAUCAGUGUCGGCUGUAUAAAUCACUCUCUUCACAACACUCUAUACUUCUAGGAAUUUGAAGCAGCAGAAACGUUUUAACUGAUCGUGAGUUCUUUAGGUAGACUUCUCAGGUUAUGAGUGUGUGAAAUAGACCUUGGAGUGAGGCGAAUCAGGUUAGCAGUGCAUUGUGCGUGCACUUAGCAAAGAAACGAAAAAUGAUGCCUGAACAUUUGAUUAUUAACGUAUUAUGGAGGAUGGACAUGAAAACGGCAAAAGGGGAAAACAAUCGAAUUGCCUUGUGUUUUGUUUUAAUUGUUACGUUUCUAUCUGUGCAGUGAUCAGACACAGUAUUGUUUAAAAUGGUCAGUAUAUUGUACCAGAGCUGGCUAGAUAUUUUACUAUGGAGCUUUCAAUAAUUUAUUGUUCCUAACACAGCUAUUUUUGAAAAGAAAAAAAAAAAACAGUGGAGAGGAAAAGUAUUAAUGUAUAAUUUACAUUUCUCGUAAUAAAAUGCAACUUUUCUGCUAAUGUCUCUAUUGUGUACAUCCUCUAGAAUAUUAAAAAAACUGAUAAUUUAUGCAGUUUAUGGCAAAGAGGGAGUCUUUCUCUGAUGUGUGGAGAUGAGAAAACUAUUUAAUGUAUGAUCAUGUCUGUUGCCCAUCAUAAAGGCGUUUAAAUUGUA